AUGAAGUCACGAGGUUCUGCGCUCGGCAGCCGUGGGUACGAGGCCCAGGGCCUCUGGCCAGUGGCUGAAGCCGUACCAGAGCUGGAUGCUAGCACCCCGUCGUCGGGGGCUUCACCCCCCUCCCAGACAAGCACUGUCACCCUGGGAGGCCUGGGGCUCUGCCUGGAGGAAGAACUGGCCAGCCCCGAGCUCUUGAGUCUGGAGGAGAUGGGGAGGCAUGAGUCGAGCCCCCUGGCGUCCGCCACCUCCCUCCCGGAGCGGGACUCCGCCAAGCGCUGGACGCAGCCGGAGCAGUGGGUGGCCGACUUGCAGGCUGAGGUGGCGUCCCUGCGGGGACACAAGGAGCGCUGCGAGCGAGCGGUGCUGAGUCUGCUGCGGGAGAUGCUGCAGCUCCGAGCCUGCGUGCAGCUGCAGGACGCCGAGCUCAAGAGGCUGCGGCAGGACCUGCGGCCAGCGGCCCAGGACCCUGAGAAGGAGGCCCUCGAGUUCCCCAGCCCCCAGAACCAGAACCAGAACCAGAUGCAGGCCCUGGACAAGAGGCUGGUGGAGGUGCGGGAAGCCCUGACCCAGAUCCGGAGGAAGCAGGCGCUGCAGGACAGUGAGCGGAAGGACACCGAGCAGGAGGCCAACCUCAGGCUGGCGGAGCUGGCCGAGAAGCUGGAGCGGGAGGAGCAGUUCCGGGAAGCGGCCUGCAGCGCCCUACAGAGGAGCCAGGAGGACGCCAGCCACAGGGUGGACCGUGAGGUGGCCCAGAUGCAGGCCCAGGUGACCAAGCUCGGCGAGGAGAUGAGCCUCCGCUUCCUCAAGAGGGAGGCCAAGCUGUGUGGCUUCCUGCAGAAGAGCUUCCUGGCCCUGGAGAAGAGAAUGAAGGCCUCAGAGAGCACCCGGCUGAAGGCGGAGAGCAGCCUGCGGGGAGAGCUGGACGGCCGGUGGCAGAGGCUCCAGGAGCAGGCUGAGGAGCGUGCGCAGGCCCUGCAAGGGCAACGCCAGCAGGAAGAAGGCCGCCUCCUGGAGCAGUGCCGGGGCCUGGACCAAGCCGUGAUCCAGCUGACCAAGUUUGUGCGGCAGAACCAGAUGUCGCUGAACCGGAUCCUCCUGGCCGAGCAGAAGGCCUGGGACAGCAAGGGGCACCUGGAGGAGACCCAGGCCGGGGAGCUGGCCGCCUUCCUGCAGGAGAGCCUGGAGGCUGGCCAGCUGGCCCGACAGGAGGCCCACAGCGCGCUAGAGCUGCUCCGAGAGAAGAGCCAGGCUCUGGAGGUGUCGCUGGCUGAGCUGGGGAAGCAGGUGAAGGACCUGAGCGACCAUUUCAUGGCCCUGAGCUGGAGGCUGGACCUGCAGGACCGGACGCUGAGCCUGCGGCUGAGCGAGGCAAAGAGAGAGUGGGAAGGCUUGGAGCAGAGAUCGCGGGAGGGCCUGGCCCGGUGUCAGAAGGAGGCUGAGGCACGGCUGAGGGAGCUGCGGGAGCGAGUGGACAGCCUGCCCCACCAGAUAGAGGUCGUCUCUGACAAGUGCGUCCUGCACAAGAGUGACUCGGACCUCAAGAUCUCAGCAGAGGGGCGAGCCAGAGAGUUCGAGGUCGGGGCCAUGCGGCAGGAACUGGCCACUCUGCUCUCGUCUGUGCAGCUGCUCAGGGAGGGCAACCCUGGGCGGAAGAUCGCCGAGAUCCAGGGCAAGCUGGCCACGUUCCAGAACCAGAUAAUGAAACUGGAAAACAGCUUGCAGGACAGCAAAACUAUCCAGAACCUCAAGUUUAAUACAGAAACCAAGCUGCGCAUGGAGGAGACGGCCAGCCUGCGUGAGAGCAUCCUGCGUCUACGGAGUGAGGAGGGCCCCUGGGCCCUGACACUGGGCAGCAGAAGAGUCCUCGCAGCCCUGGGGAAGCAGCAGUCCUUCGUCAAGGACACGGCUUCUGGAGAGGUGGUCCCUGUGAACCGCUGGGGCGUGUAUCAGGCCGUGAGGUGGCUGCAGUGGAAGGCGGUCCUCCUGAACCUGGUGGCCCAGCGGAGGCCAAGCGCAUUCCUGGAGAAGUCCUUCCGCCAGGAGCUUGCCCGCCAGCUCAUGUCCUUGCCCCUUGCCCAGAAAUAAAGGUGCCAGCUCCCGUGGA